AUGCAGACAGAGACAGACAGAAAUAAAGAAAGAAAGAAGAGAGCGAGAGAGAGAGAUGGGGACGUUACAGAAUAUGGAGGAAGGGGGAUAGUGGAGGGCUUCAGCACGGAGGAGCUGGAGUGCAUGAUCUGUUACUGCCCAUAUAGCCUGGGCAGCCGGCGACCUAAGGUUCUCGAGUGCUGUCACCGCCUGUGUGCCAAGUGCCUGGCCAAGAUCUUAGACUUGGGCGAGUCACCACCCAAUGCUGUGGUGUGCCCGUUUUGCCGGUUCGUCACUAGUUUCCCGGGAGAGGCGGUGGGUAACCUGCCAGAUGACUGCAACUUGGUGGCCGCGCUGACCCUCCAGACCCGGAACCAGAGGAACUUGCACUACCCCAAUGAGGGCCCCACCGAGCUACUGCUCAGCCCCAGGCACCUAAGCUCACUCAUGGGCAACCCUCCCAGCGGCUCCCCAUCCUCCUCCACUACCACUACCACCACCCACACCUACUCCUCCAUCCGCGGCUCACCCAACUACAUGGUCAUCACCAUCAUGGAACCGCCUCCAUCCCCUCAGGACCACCACCCCUACCAACUUCACUCCCACCCCCCUGGAGUGGGCACCAUCCAGGGUAGGGAUUACCACUCCUCCAGUCUGGACUCCAUGGCCUCCAUCACCCAGAGGUGGGCGGUGUGGAACUGCGCCGCCCGGGCGCUGGUGUGGGUGUUGGGGCUCCUCUACUUCAGCUCCUUGCCCAUGGGAGUCUACCUGCUCAUCAUGCAGAAGACCACCCUGGGGGUCCUUCUGGUAAGCCUGGUCCCGGCAAGCCUCGUCAUGAUCAUGGUCUAUGGCUUCUGCCAGUGCCUCUGUCACGAGUUCUGGGACCUUAUGCCCCAUAGCAGCCAAAGAACGAUCAUCCGGGGAAGAUAAGAACGGGUUGCAGAAAUUUUACAUUUUUCCGAAGGAGAUCGUUACUACUGACAAUGGAAAUUGGCAUCCUGGAUACCAUAGAAUAUUUCUUUUUUUAAAUGUUAUUUUAAUUUUUACUCAGGCUCAAAUGACUUGGUGGAUUGUAUAUGGGAAGAGAGCAGGUACAAGAGAUGUACAGUUUAGAUCAAUGUUAAGUUUGGGCAUUUUCAGUUCUAGUCAUUCAUUUAGAUUAUGUAAUUUGUGUACUGUGUAAACAAAACGGUCCACCAAAUAUACUAUACUAUACUUAAAUAAGAAGUCGCAGUAAGUAUCGGGUAUGCUUUCGCAACCAGAAAAAUUAUGAAGCAUUCUUUUUUCAUUUUGCGGUAUUAACAAUAUAACUAUCUGGCCAUAAUUGGCACAGUAGAAAUGUAUACAUUUUGUAUUGAAAGCACUUAGAGGGAGGAACAAUGGUCUAAUGCUAAGCUUUGGCAAGUCAGUGUAAAUAAUAAUUUGUUCUAAAGGACGUGAAUAAUGUGGAGGACACCAAGAAUAUGAGUUAGUCAUAAUAUAACCGCCACCAUAAAUGUAUAAUCAUACUAUCAUCAUCAUUCUGGUGUAUGUGACAAUAAAACAUCAUUAA